CGCGGCUCCCCGGCCGCUCUCCUCCGCCAGCGUGGCGCGAGCGUGAGAGAAGAAGGAUUUGCGACGAAUCGGAGGAGGUAACGAGAAGCGCGGAGGGGAUCGAAUGGCCGAGAAUUGGUGGGAUGCACAGAAGAUGUUCGACAUGUACUUGCUGGAUUACAUGGUGAAACGGAAUAUGCACGAGACCGCAGCGCAUUUCAGAGCCGAGAGCAAUGUUCAACAGGCGGAAGUC